ACUUCCAACACCCUCCAAACUAAGCCCCAAACAAAUGUACAUAUAUAAUAUUAUUUACUUCGCAGAACUAGGGUUUUUCCUUUCCCUCCAACUCUCUCUCACUGUGUCUGGCGAGAUCGGAUUGUCUGAGCUAAUGCAAUAGGUUCUUCUCUCAGGUUAAGCAUUAUAGACAGAGGAUGAUAGGGAUGGUCAUGGAAGUUUUUAUCUACUAAAAUUCAACCUGACUUCUUGUAGACGCCAAAGGUUAUGUCCAAUAUGGAUACUGAAAAUUCUAACAUUUCACGUGCUGAAGAAGUAAAGGUCCUAGCAAAUGAAGCAUUCAAAGCCCACAAAUAUGCCCAAGCUAUUGAUCUAUACACGCAAGCCAUUGCACUGGACAGUCAGAAUGCUGUAUACUGGGCCAACCGUGCAUUUGCACACAUUAAACUUGAGGAAUACGGCAGUGCCAUACAGGAUGCGUCAAAGGCUGUUGAAGUUGAGCCUAAAUAUUCAAAGGGCUAUUACAGGCGUGGUGCCGCUUAUCUUUCCAUGGGGAAAUUCAAAGAAGCACUUAAAGAUUUUCAGCAGGUCAAGAAAAUCUCUCCAAAUGAUCCUGAUGCUACCAGGAAAUUGAAGGAAUGUGAGAAAGCUGUGAUGAAACUUAAAUUUGAAGAAGCAAUUGCUGUUCCUGACUCUCAAAGGCGUUCUGUAGCUGAUUCUAUAGAUUAUCAUUCUAUAGGAACGGGCCCUAGUUCAUCAUCAGUGCCCACUGAAGUGGCUGUAGCAGCAGUGGCAGUAGCAGUUGUGGCAGCAGUGAUGAUGAUAGUGGGAACAACAGUGGCCACAGUGGUAGCAAUAAUGGUGGUGGUGCUGGUGGUCUUUGGGGCACGUUGGUGGGGUGGCUGCAGUGGUGGUGUCUUUCAUGAGGGUCAAAUACAUGACCUAGAUGUGGAGCCACAAUAUUCUGGUGCAAGAAUAGAGGAAGAUGUAGUUACUCUGGAUUUUGUGAAAAAAAUGAUGGAUGAUUUCAAGAAUCAGAAGUGCUUACAUAAACGAUACGCCUGUCAGAUUGUCUUGCAAACAAGAGACAUGUUGCGAGCUUUGCCUUCUCUUGUUGAUAUAAAUGUUCCUGAAGGCAAUCAUUUCACCGUUUGCGGUGAUGUACAUGGUCAGUUCUAUGAUCUCCUAAAUAUUUUUGAGCUUAAUGGGCUUCCCUCAGACGAGAAUCCAUAUCUUUUCAAUGGUGACUUUGUGGACAGAGGAUCAUUUUCUGUGGAGGUCAUACUCACUUUGUUUGCAUUUAAGUGCAUGUCUCCCUCAGCCAUAUAUCUUGCUAGAGGAAAUCACGAGAGCAAGGGCAUGAACAAGAUAUACGGUUUUGAGGGCGAGGUCCGAUCCAAGUUGAGCGAAAAAUUUGUUGAACUAUUUGCAGAAGUGUUCUGCUGUUUGCCUUUGGCCCAUGUAAUAAAUGAGAAGGUUUUUGUAGUUCAUGGAGGUCUCUUUAGUGUUGAUGGGGUGAAACUCUCUGAGAUAAGAGCAAUUGACCGGUUUUGUGAGCCACCUGAGGAAGGUUUGAUGUGUGAAUUGUUAUGGAGUGAUCCACAACCUUACCUAGGAAGAGGUCCUAGCAAGCGUGGCGUUGGUCUUUCGUUUGGUGCAGAUGUGACAAAGAGGUUUCUGCAGGAAAAUAACCUAGAUUUGGUUGUGAGAUCUCAUGAAGUAAAGGAUGAGGGUUAUGAAAUUGAGCAUGAUGGUAAACUUAUAACCGUAUUUUCUGCCCCAAAUUACUGUGAUCAGAUGGGUAACAAGGGUGCCUUUAUUCGUUUCGAAGCACCUGAUUUGAAGCCUAACAUUGUUACAUUCUCAGCAGUGCCACACCCUGACGUCAAGCCAAUGGCAUAUGCAAACAACUUCCUGCGAAUGUUUUCAUAGUUUAUGUAGCCGAGUGGAAUGGCCAAUGGUAUAUUCUUUUGUUCAAUAUCCUUUAAUACUCAAAAGUGCAAGAGGCUUCGGGUGGUGGCGGGCCAGAGAAGAGCGAAGAGCAAAGAGCAAAGAGCCGGUGCAUGCUGACAAAAAAGCAAUUAUAUGUUGUGAUGAAUAUUUAUUUUUCGGAGGAACUUUUUUGUAUUGUUGGGCAAGAAUGUGUUUCGUGGUUACGCAGGCCAAGGUCAACCCUGAAAGUGAGAGAGGCAGUCUAGAUGGAAAGCUGUUCUCCAUGUAAUGCUAUUUUUUGAGUGGUGCAAAAGUCUUGCCAAAUAAAUUUGCAAUCUCAUUACAUUGCCGACUGAUAAGUAGUGAUAAUGAUUUUGUGUGCGCUUCUCUGACAGAGUUUCCCAUGCUCGCUGCGCGCACGAGUGGCUAUUCUUCUUGUUUGCUCUUUGCUACAUUUUCCAUGUUUGAACUUGUUAUGAAUGAACUUAAUUUGCUA